AUGCGACAAUCACCAGAUGAUGCGGUGACUGAAUUGGAUGAGUUGGAGAUGGAUGAGGAUAAGGAAUUGGAUGCUGAAGUGAACAUCUCUGAGAUGCUAGACGAAGAAGUGCCGGAGGAGGAGGAAGAAGAGGCUGAAGACGAGGAGACGGAGGGUGAGGCAAUAACUCGUAUUGAGGAGGAAAUUAGUGAGCGUAUUGAAACUGCAAAUUCAAAUGCAGACGAGGUGAUUGAAGCCUUCACUGAAGCCAAAAUUCCUCACUUCUCCAUUCGUGCUGACGAUCAGUUAACUCGUGUUCGUUAUCGUCUUGUCAAGAAAAUUAAGAAUGUCAUCAUCAAUCGUGAGGCCAUAUUUGAGAGAGUGUAUCCAAUCACUCUUGAGGAGGGUGAAAAUCUUGUGGCUAGUGGAUUUAAACACCUCUCACCUUUCUCUCGUUUUUGUCCUGUCUCAUGGGAUCGUGUGUCGAUUGCUCGUCUUCCACCUCUCAAUCCCUCACCCAUCCUUCGCUACUCUCGUCUGGAUCCUCGACUUGUGGAGCCUCAAUUGGGCGAUGAAAUUGCUCCAAGCAUGCCAGCUAAAAAGGGCAAAAAGAGAUCAGCAAAUGGAGUAAAGACGUGCUGUGCGGUGUAUAGGGAGUGUGUCUACUGGUUUGUCUCGGAGGCAGAGAGGAAGGUGUUCAUAGCAAACCCAAUUUCGGUGAUUAGACGAGCUGGUGAACAAAUACACACUUUAGUGCAUCAACCGCUUGAAGUAGCCGUUACUGGUGGACCCACAUCAGAACGCGAAUUCAUAUCAAGACGCUUUGGAACUGAUCUACAUGUGGCUUAUGUGACUACAGCGGGAGCAAUUCAAUGGCUCCUCCGUUCGGUCUGUCAAAGUUGGACAACUCUAGCACGACAAAUUCAUGAGGUCCUCAUAAGUGGAGCGGCAAUAUGCGACGAUCUAGUGGCCAAAGCUCUUCGAGUGGCCCUCUAUGCUCCUCAAAUCCAGGCUAGAGGGUACGUCUUGGACAACUACCCCAUUACGGUGGAUCAGGCAAAAUUUAUGCAUGCUGCAUCAAUUCGACCCUUUCUUAUGCUGGAACUGCACAGUAAACAUUGCAAUCAUCCAUCCAUUGAAGUGAGCUGGUUUGACAACUGGAACAAUCAAGAGCCACCCGAUUGUCCCUUCCUCAAAGUCUGGCUCAAUAUGAAAGCUCGACGAGGUAGAAAGUGA